AUGGCUGAUGAUAAUAUUGAAUUAAACGAUAGCUUUGAAAGGUUGCUGUUACAAAGUGAUGACGAACAUGAUUCUGAUUUAAUGGAAACAAUUCAACAGGACGAAUCUGAUGAAUCCGAUAGUGCUGAUAGUGAAUCAACUGAUGGUGGUAGUGAUGAUGGUUCAGAAGAAUGGUCGAAAAAUGUGCAGAAACCUUUAAGAUGGGAUUUUGAUGACGGAACUGCGGGCAUGAAUAUGGAUAUGGUAAUGGAUUGCAAAGAACCUGUCGAUUACUAUAACUUAUUUAUGAACAACGAACUUAUCGAUUUUAUUGUGGAAGAAACUAAUCGUUAUGGACCAACAAAGGAUUCAAACUAUUUGCCGACAAAUAAUAUGGAAAUGCGAAAAUUUAUGGCUAUCAUUUUGCAAAUGGGAUAUGUUGUUCUGCCUAAACUCGAUGAUUAUUGGUCCUCUGACCCUGCUAUUGGCGGUAAAGCAAUAUGUGGAGGUGUAAUGACAAGGAAAAGAUUUUAUUCUUUGAUGAGAUCCCUCCACUUCGCUGACAAUGACAACAAUAAUGGAUCAAAAUUAUAUAAAAUAGAAAAAUUUGUCAACUUGUUCAUUGCCAGAUGUCAACACUUACUGGUUCCAGGCAGAGAUAUAUGCAUUGACGGCAGACUUCGAUUUCGUAUGUAUAUUCCUAGUAAAAGGCAUAAAUAUGGCAUCAAAAUCUUUAAAUUGUGUAGCAACAACGGAUACACUUAUAAUUUAUCAAUUUAUGCCGGUAAAGAGGACCAGCCAAGAUAUGGUUCUGUGGCAGAACGUGUAGUUUUAAAACUAAUGGAAAACCUUCUUGGACAUGGCAGAAUUCUGUAUACAGAUAACUGGUAUACAAGUAUGAAUUUGGCGAAAUCUUUAUUGGAAAACAAGACAAACUUAGUUGGGACGGCCAGAAAAAAUAGAAUUGGAUUUCCAAAACACGUAACUUCUCUGAAAUUGAAGAAAGGUGAUUAUGUUGCAGAACAAAAUGGUGAUGGUAUUAUGAUUUUAAAAUGGAAAGAUAAAAGAGAAGUUAUAAUGCUUUCAUCUAUUCACGAUGGUAGCAUUACGGAGAGAGGAAAACCUGCUGUUAUCGUAGAUUACAAUAAAGGGAAAUCGUUUAACGAUCUAUCUGACCAAUUGGGCUCUUAUUGUCCAUACGUACGUAAAACAAUGAAAUGGUACCUCAGAAUCUUUUUUCAUAUAAUUACUCAAGUUUCCAUUGUUAAUGCUCUGCAUCUUUAUUAA